ACUUGAAUUUCAUCACAUGCAAUAUCAAAAUUUCAAAAUCGUUCGUUAUUUUUCUUUCUUAUCAUUUUCGAAGUCGGAAUGUCGCUAGAACUCGACGCGAAAUUUUUCAUUUGUAUCGGUCAAUUGGAGAAUUCAUUUGCAGUUUGAAAGCAUAAAAUAAUCUUCUUACGCAGUCGCGGUCAUGUCGAGAUACAGCUCUGGACGAUCUUCAGGAGACCGCGAUCGUUUGAAUAGCAAUGAAGAAGCUAAAAUAUACGUUGGAGAUUUAAGUCCUCACGUUACAAAGCAAGAUUUGGAUGAUACUUUUUCUUAUUACGGUCCUAUACGUAGCGCGUGGAUAGCAAGAAAUCCUCCAGGAUUCGCUUUUAUUGAGUUUGAGGAUGCUAGGGAUGCUGAAGAUGCGGUUAAAGAUACGGAAGGAAGAAGACAAUAUUGUAGAAGGAAAGUAUGCGGUCAAAGCGUAAGAAUAGAAUUGUCAAACAAAACUUAUAGGGGAGGCAGGGGAUCAUCUUCCAGUAAUCGUUGCUAUACAUGCGAUGAGAGAGGUCAUCUUUCAAGGGAUUGUCGUAGAAAACGACCUUAUCGCAGACCAAAUCCCAGAUACCGAUCUCGUUCACGCACAAGACGCAGCCCUAGUCCGUACUACCGACGCGAGGGAAGAAAGUAUGAUCGAAGCCGAAGCAAAAGCAGUGAUUCCAGCAGCUCUAGAUAUAGAAAGAAGUCAAAUCGCCAAGCCUCAUCGAAUUCACCUGCUCAACGACGAUCCUAUUCUAGAGAUGAGAAGCGAUCUAAUCACAGAAGUGCUUCUAAAUCCCCCAAUCCCCAUCGAUCGAAUUCUAGAGAUAGAAAAAAGUCAACUCGUGACAGAAUGUCUGAAUCUCCAGUUCGACAGCGGUCUGGUUCCAGAGAUGCAAGAAACUCAAAGCGUAGAAGUCCAUCUAAUUCGCCAGUUCAUCAACGACCAAAUUCUAGAGAUGAAAGAAACCCGAGUCGUAGAACCCCGUCUAAUUCUCCUGGUCAGCAACCAUCGAAUACUGAAAAUGGAAAAAAAUCAAGUCGUAGAAGUAGGUCCAACUCCGUUAAUCAACAACAAUCGAAUUCCGACUACAAGAGGAAAUCAAAUCGCAGAAACUCGUCUCAUUCUCGUUCUCCUCUAAAAAGACGAUCACGUUCUGGAGAUAGAAAAAGAUCGACUCGCAAAAGCCCAUCGCAUUCUCCAGUUCAGCGAUCGACUCGUAAAAGUCCAUCGCAUUCUCCAGUUCAGCGAUCGACUCGUAAAAGUCCAUCUCAUUCUCCAGUUCGGCAGCUAUCGCGAUCUGAUGAUAGAAAGAAAUCUACUCGUAGAGCUUCGUCUAACUCGCCGUCACCUGUGCAACGACGAUCACGUUCCAGAGAUGGAAAGAAAUCGAACCGCAGAAGUCCUUCUCGUUCUCCUGUUCAACAACGAUCACGUUCUGGAGAUAGAAAGAAAUCAAACCGUAGAAGUCCUUCUCAAUCUCCUGUUCAUCGACGAUCGUUGUCUGGUAGCCCUCGCAGAAACGCAAGAAAUUCGAAGUCCAAUUCUUCUCGCGAAAGUAGAUAGAUUACCUAUAGUUUACCUACUCGACCACCUGUUAGUUUGUAAAUUUCAAAUUGAUCGUUUUGAGUUCUUUGGUGCCGUAUCAUUCCAAUUUACAGUAUUAUUUAUGGGCUAUUACGAGUUGAUUUUUACGACCUGGAUUUUCAUACUGUAUAUAUUUUUUAAUGAUCUCAAACGACGUACUGUAAAUCUGUUUUUUUGUCACUGUGUAUCAAAAUUAUUCUCUUUUUCAAUUAUUAAUUAGAAAAACCUUUGAAAUUCACUAUCUAAGGAUUAAUUUAAGUUACCCUUGUUUGGAUUUUCCUUUCGAUAUUUUUAUUUACUCGAUUACGUUUAUGUUUGAACAUGAGUGUUUAUUCAGUCUUUUUUAAUACGUAAAUUUUUGUCAACUUUCGCGAAAUAUAUAAGUUUUCUAUCGAA